GAGCCUUCCCCAAACAGCCCUUUAAACAAUUAAACCCCCUUUCCCUCACUUUAAAACACACACAAUUACACACACAAUUCAGCAAUUCCAAACAAUCGCAAUGGGGAAGACGCUGAGCCGAAGAGCCCAGAGCAGCAGCGACAAAUUCGCGGGCUUCAAUUUCGAUGACGAUCCGGACCAGCACUUGGUGGAGAAGCAUUCACUCGAGAUCGUCAAUAAGUUCAAUUCCAUUCCCGCCCCUCCCAAACCCUCCGUCACUGAUACCCCUCGUUUUUUGUGUGCUAUCGACAAAUACGAUUUCCUCAAAGCCUUCUCAAAAGGAAAUAAGGAUCAAGACAAGAAAUCCGGCCAUGAACCGAUUCAAAUUGAUGCUAGUGAAGAAGUUGUGAAAGGAUGUGCUUCCAGCUUAGAAGUUAAUGUGGUGUCAAGAUCUCCCGACUCUUAUUCAUAUGUGCCUCAUAAUAAUCAUAGUGCCGGAUGCUGUCUAUCUAAAUUAAACUACGCGUCUCGAGGCCCGGAUAGUGUAGGCACGUCCACUAGCAGCAAUCGUCGAGUUGCUAAAUAUGCUUUUCCGUUAGAUAGUCAGCUUGUUGGUAUCACUUCAGAUGAUGAUGAUAGCAUAGAACUGAAUUCUGAGUCGGGAUUAAAUUGCCAUAAUAGGGAUGAAGCAUUAUCAGCAGAGCGUGUGCUAGUAUAUGGUUUCGAUGAUGGUGAUCGAGUAACUGACAGGGCAAUUAUGUUUUUACCCGUUCACAUUGUUAUAGGUAAUAAGUUCUUCUUAGAUCCCCAAUUGACCUUUACAAAGAAUCAUGUUAAGCUUGAGGUGGAGGGUUCAUCAUCUUUUAGUGGCCCUUUAAGCUUUGAAUGGACAUUUGCGGAUAUUGUUAGCAUCGAGUCUGCGUGGGAUGAAGAACUUUUAGAAGUUACUUUGCAUCUCCAUUUAAGAUCGAAGGACGCAGAAUUAGCUAUGUACUUUGAAGACUCAGGCAUUGUCAAGUUGAACUGGGAGUUUCCUUAUCCUCACUGGCCGGAACUACAAAAUAAAAUUUGGGCACUGGAUAAUAAAUUGAAAGACUUGUGGACUACUAAUUCUCAUGUUGAUGCAGGCGAUAUAGAAGAUUUUCUGGUGGACAAGUUUUCAAGCCAUCAUUUUCAUGAUUUGGGUGAGUUUGUUGAAGUUACAUUUCCAAAAGGGGAAGUUGAUGCUGUCUCUAUUGGUUGGAAUGAUAUCCAAUUAUUACAGCCAAGGACUUUUAUCAAUGAUACCAUCAUUGACUUCUACAUGAAAUACCUUAAGAACCAAGUCAAACAUAAGGAGGUGCCUCAGUUUCACUUCUUUAAUUGCUUUUUCUUUCGGAAGUUGGUUGAUCUUGAUGGAGAUUUUUCUCGUGAACAUGAAGGAAGGGAAGUUUUUCUCCGUGUUCGUAAAUGGACAAGGAAACUAAAUCUGUUUGAAAAGGAUUACAUCUUUAUUCCUGUUAAUUUCAGUUCCCAUUGGAGUUUGAUUGUUAUAUGUCACCCCGCAGAAGUGGCCAAUCUUAAAGAUGAGGAAAUGCAGAAGUUGGCCAAUCGUGAAGUAAAGGAAGUGAAGGAGUUCUGUAAGGUGCCAUGCAUUUUACACAUGGAUUCUAUUAAAGGAAGCCAUAGAGGUCUCGAAAAACUAUUCCAAGGUUAUUUGUUGGAAGAAUGGAAGGACAGGCAUAGUGAUUUGCUGGUAGAUAUUUCUUCAAGAUUCGGGAAUGUACCAUUUAUUGACCUCAAGGUACCGCAACAGGAAAACUUAUUUGAUUGUGGUCUAUUUUUGCUACAUUAUGCUGAACUUUUUAUUGGGGAGGUUCCCGAGAACUUUAAUCCUUUCAGGAUUGGGUCAUCUACUUUUUCAUGUCAUUCUGUCUUGCAGCUUAGUGAGCACUGGUUCAGCCCUGCAGAAGCUUCUUCAAAACGUGCUCAUAUUAAAGAAUUAAUUUAUAGGAUUUCUGACAAGCGAUCUCUUGAUGUUUGUAGUUCUGAUAACAAAAGUCCUUCUGAAUCUGCUGAAGUAGUUGUAUCCAAUAACAGUAGGCAGUUUCUUAAUGAAUUCUGUGCUUCAGCCAAUUCGUGUAUGGUCAAUCACUCCAAUUAUAUAGCUCAUCAGAAGUUUGGCACAAAACCAGUGGUUGAGACUCCUCAUAUUCUACAUUGUGAUGGGGAACCGAAAUUAAGUAAUGAUGAGAUAUUAGAAUCUAGAUAUAAUACAAGAUCAAGUACUGAUGGAUAUACUCAUCCAGCAAGGCAGUAUAAUCAAUCAAAGAGUAUCAUGUCGCCAAUAGAGGAACAUGAAGAGUCUGAGGAACAGGAGACCGCAAUGUCGAAUUGGGACAAGGAACUAAAUGCAACCGAAUCAAAACUACUGCCAGGCAUAUCUGUAGACUUUCAAGAAGUUGAAAAGCAAGACAACAUCCUUGUGAGUGGAGACCAGAUAUCUGCAGUUCUGGAUUUGGAUGUUGAAGAAUUUGAUAAAAUGUCUGCAGUUCCUUCAACCCCAACCCCAAGUGAUGAAUUUGCAGAUUGUGUAGUUGAGGAUUCAGAGGAGAUUUGUGAGACACAAGAUGACGACGAUGUGUGUCAAAGAUCUGCUAACCAUCAAAACAAAGCUUCCUCAUUUAAUCAAGUGGCCAAUUCAGUUGCAACUUCUCUUCCAUCAGAGUCUAUGUUAAAUGAUGGUCUUGCAAACUGUGUUGUCGGUGCUUCUGAGGAAAAGAAGUUUAUGACACCUUGGCUCAAAGCCAAAUUUGGAUGCGCGUAUCAGCAGGAAGUAACUGCUGUGUUGUCCAGUGAAGAAUCAAACUUCAUCGAGAUAACUGAUUCUGGUGAAAGGCAUACUUCACUAACUUCAGAUGCUGAGGAACGAAUGAGUGCAAAAAGACCAAGAAAUAUGCUUCUUGAAGAGGAGGAACCACUUCGCAAACGGUUCCAAACUAUAGUAAUUGAUUAACAGUUUAUGAUGCAUAGUAAUAUAGGGAUAGAUAGUUAGGCAAAUAUGUACGUUUCACAGUUUCGCCUAGGCCAAACCUUUACAGUUUUGCUUUAGAGCGAAUGUAGAUUAUAGAAAAGCUUUAAUGUUUACCUAAGAUUUUGACUUGGAAGAAACUUGUAUAAAAUAGCAGGACCUUUUUGGGUUGGGUGAA